GGGAUGGCGGUGCUGUAGCCCUGGGCAGAUGGGCCCAGUGGCUCCUUCCCUAGUGCGGUGUCCGGCAUGCAGCAGAUGCUGGAGAGAUGGACUUCAAGAUGGCACUAUGCCAGCCACAAUGGGCACUGUGCUGUGUGCCAGUUCAUAUUGCUAAGUGGAGCUAAGUGUGAUGCCCAGACCCAUGGGGGUGCCACUGCUCUGCAGCAGGACUGCUACUGAGGGCACACUGACAUUGCAUGGCCUCUGCUUUCACAUGGGUCCAAGCCCAGGUUGAUAGAUGAUGAUGGCAUGACCAGCCUACAUAAGGCUCCUGAGAAUGGUCACGUGGGCAUUUGCUCCCUCCUGUUGCAACAUAGCUUAGCCCUGAAAGCCAUCUGGGGGAAGGCAUGGCUAGAAUGUGACCUGCUGCCCUGCAGUGGUGACCUGCUGGCUAGCUGA